UCUGUCUUCGAAAAGUAGACUCCCAGCUGGCCCAUUUGUACGUACGUGUCAUCUUAUAGCCGCAUACCCAAAUUUGUACGGUGACAGUAGUAGCCAUGGCCAAAAAUGCUAAUGACUUGAUGGAAUACUUCCUGGAGAAUGACGAUGAAGGUGAUGUUGAGGAUAAUCCAAACACAAGCGGUGGUGAUGAUGAUGACGAUGAUGAUAAAGGUGGAGAUGAUUGUGGUGCUCAAAAGUUGCCUUCCUCUUCGUCUUCGUCUCCAUUCUUCUCCCAGCAAUGGCCUCAGAGUUUCAGGGAAACGAUUGACUCAUACUCAAUUGCUGCAUCACCAAACCUAGGCCUUUUGAGGCGUGGAUCGAGCUCCACAGUUUUACCUUAUGAUACAAAUAAAAGGUUUAUUAACUCUGAUGAAAAGACACGUUUUCUCUCUGGAGCUACAAAACCCAUCCAGAACAGUUUUGGGGAUGGAAUCUCAUCAAAACAGUCAUCAUACUAUGAAAAAGCUGCUUUUCAUGAAAAACUCACAGGGGAGCUUCCUCUUAGCCAUGGAUGUAGCUUCACGCAAACGGUAAUAAAUGGGCUCAAUGUCAUGGCUGGAAUUGGCCUUCUUUCUACUCCUUUCACUGUAAAAGCAGCUGGCUGGGCUAGCAUUGUGGUUUUGGUAUUUUUUGCUGUUACUUGUUGCUAUACAGCGUCUCUUAUGAAGCAUUGUUUUGAGAGCAAAGAUGGCAUGGCAACUUAUCCUGAUAUGGGUGAAGCUGCGUUCGGAAGAUGUGGGCGCAUUAUCACAUCUAUGCUUUUGUUUACGGAAUUAUAUACAUACUGUGUAGAGUUUAUCAUAUUGGAGGGAGAUAAUCUCACAACUUUAUUUCCUGGAGCUUCCUUCAACUGGAAUGGUCUAAAUCUUGAUUCUACACAUUUAUUUGGACUUCUAACUGCUCUGAUAGUUCUACCAACCCUCUUUUUGAGGGAUGUUCGGUUAAUAUCAUAUCUUUCAGCUUGUGGUGUUGUUGCAACUAUAGCCAUUGUAGUUUCUGUAGCAUUACUCAGUGCUGUAGAUGGUAUUGGAACUCCCCAAACAGGUCAAUUGGUGAAUUGGAGUGGCAUCCCGUUUGCUAUUGGUGUGUACGGAUUUUGUUAUUCUGGACACUCUGUCUUCCCCAAUAUCUACCAAUCAAUGGCCAACAAAAAACAAUUCACUAAGGCAAUGAUCAUUUGCUUUGUUUUGUGUGUUGCACUAUAUGGGAGUGUGGCAGUAAUGGGAUAUCUAUUGUACGGUCAGAGCACGCUGUCUCAGAUCACUCUGAAUAUGUCGCCUGAUUCUAUUCCUUCAAAGAUUGCUGUGUGGACAACGAUUAUCAACCCUUUCACAAAAUAUGCACUUAUGAUGAAUCCACUGGCUAGAGCCCUUGAGGAGUUGCUGCCAGAGAGAAUAUCAAGUAGCUUCUUGUGUUUUGUUAUGCUAAGGACAUUGCUUCUCAUUUCAACUGUUUGUGUUGCAUUUCUUCUUCCUUUCUUUGGCCUUGUGAUGGCUUUAAUCGGCUCUCUUCUCAGUAUAUUACUGGCGGUUAUAGUACCGAGUGUGUGUUUUCUGAAGAUCAUGGGUAAGAAAGUUACAAAGACACAGAGGGCUAUUAGUAUUGCAGUAGUGAUUGUGGGCAUCAUAAGUGCAGCUCUGGGGACAUAUUCUUCUGUCUCAAAAAUCGUAAAGCAAUAUUGAUUGAAAAUCGAGACAAAAGUUGCAAUCAAGUUUUCCUUUUUCCUAUCAAUGGUUCUCACCUUAUACUACGUAUCACGUAUGUAAUAAUAAUAAUACAUCGCGUGCUAGUUGAGUUUCCCAUUAUUGUCCAACUUACAAAAAUCGAAGUUAAACCUUCGGCAUGGAGGUUUUUCAAAAAUAAUACUCUCACCCUCCUGAAAUACCGAAUUGAAUUGCAAACUUUGACCGGUACAAGGAAUAAGGAAUGACAAUAAAUGAUACUUGUUUGUUACACUUUUGUCC